UCUUUCUCUCUCUCUCUCUAUCUCUUCCUCCGGAGUUUCUCUCUCUAAAUUUUCCUUCCUCCCGCUCUGUAUCGGAGAAUCCAGCUUCGCAAUUGCAGGCAUUAUUCGACGAGCUUCGCUUCUUCGCCGCGAAUCUUGAGCUGCAGAAUCUCGGUUUUUCGGUGCAUUUGAUUCCUCUCGCGGCGUUUGUUUCGUUUUUGGAUCUGAAAGCGCGCGAAUUUGAGCUGAUUUUUGGAAUUUCGGUGAUUAUUUUGGGGCAUAAUCGGAGGAUUUAAUUUAUUCCUGGGAAAAUUUUGCGGUAAAUUUUUGAAUUUUGAAUUUUUAUGGGGGAAGGAGAGGGAGGCGAUUUGCCUCCAAAGAAGAUUCAAUCGGAUGCCGUGGCGGCGACGGCUGAUGUUCCGGCGAAGAAGCUCGUGAGGCAGCUCGAUUUCACGGGAUACGGUGGGGCGUCGGGUAGUGUAGUAUUACCGGAACAUCCUCAGUCGCAACCGGUGUUACCGGCGCAGCCGGUGACCGCGCCGCCGCUGCAGUCAGAGAUGCAGAGUCAGCCGCAGCCGCCGGAGGUGGCGAUGCCGGUGGCAACUCAGACAUCUUCUAUUCCUUCGGCUAGGAUGGUAAAACCAGAAUCCCCAAAAGCGAGAUCAAGAUCCAGUGAAGCGAAAGAUGGCACUCCAAAGAAGCAAAAACAGUGCAACUGUAGACACUCACGUUGCUUGAAGUUGUAUUGUGAGUGUUUUGCAUCUGGAAUAUACUGCGAUGGUUGCAAUUGUAUAAAUUGUUAUAAUAAUGUUGAAAACGAAGCUGCUAGACGAGAAGCAGUGGAAGCUACUCUAGAGCGCAACCCAAACGCAUUCAGGCCAAAAAUUGCAAGCAGCCCACAUGGAACGCGGGAUAGUAGGGAGGAUUCUGGGGAGGUUAUGAUUUUGGGAAAGCACAACAAAGGAUGUCAUUGUAAAAAAUCAGGGUGUCUCAAGAAAUACUGUGAGUGCUUCCAAGCAAACAUUCUCUGCUCUGAAAAUUGUAAAUGCAUGGACUGCAAGAAUUUUGAGGGAAGUGAAGAGAGGCAAGCUCUAUUCCAUGGAGAUCAUGGUAACAACAUAGCUUAUAUUCAACAGGCAGCUAAUGCUGCCAUAACUGGAGCCAUUGGAUCCUCUGGCUAUGCGUCGCCUCCAGUAUCCAAGAAAAGGAAAGGUCAAGAACUUUUCUUCGGGCCAACACCCAAAGAUACAACUGUUCACGGAGUUGGACAAUUUCAACAGGCGAACCAUCAUAGAGCUCCCGCACCCUCUCCUUCAGUUCCUGUUGCUCGGCUUGGCAGUACUGCAGGAUUGGGCCCUUCAAAAUUUACAUACAGGUCUCUUUUAGCAGACAUCAUCCAACCGCAGGACUUGAAAGAGCUUUGCUCAGUUUUGGUCGUCCUAUCUGGAGAAGCAGCCAAGACCCUUGCAGACCAAAGAAGUGCAACAGAAAAGAGGGUGGAAGACCAGUCAGAAACUUCCCUUGCUUCAGCGACUCAAGACAGGUUGCAGAACCAGAAGGAAUCUGAUCUUGAGAAAGCUGUGGCUGAUGAUUGUUCUAGUGGAAUCCAGGCCAAUAAAACUGGUACUGAUGAUUCCGGUUCAGGUGAUGCUGAUUUGCCAAAAGGGCGACCAAUGUCUCCGGAUACUUUGGCAUUAAUGUGUGAUGAACAGGAUACAAUGUUCAUGGCAGCAGCUUCCCCUAGUGGGACAGGUCAUAGCUGCAGCAUUUCUUCGCAGCAUGGCAUGACAGAGGUUUAUGCAGAGCAAGAAAGGAUUGUUUUGUCGAAGUUUCGAGAUUGCCUCAAAAUGCUAAUUGCAUUAGGAGAAAUAAAAGAGACAAAGUGUUCAUCACUAGCUAGAAGUGAAGCGGGGACUCAAAAAGACCCGUUAAGCAAUGGCAGUACAAAUCCCAAAACAGAAGCAAAUAAUCAGCAGAUACCUGCUAGCAAUGGUGUUUCAAAAACCAUUGUUACGCCUACAACCAAGACAACACUGUCGGUUCCGGCAGCAGCACCAGCCACUGCUAGUGCUGAUCUUCUUCCUAAAAUUCCGUCCUUCCCGGAAAACGGAGAUAGCAAACCGAAGGACUGAAAAAGAGGUGUAAAAAAAUAUUUAUAGCGCAUAAGAUUGGUCCAAGAAGGUAUGUUGCUGCAUUUCUUUGGUAGUGCAGGAGAAUGUUUGGGCCCCAUUGUCAGAAAUGUCUAUUCUUUUUGGUUCUUCUUACGAUUAGUUUCUUAGCCACCAACCAUAGUCAAUCUCGAUCACGAAAUGUUGUAAAAUGCAGAGCCUUGUAAUUGCGAACAAUUCAUUAACAUGCUGAUUAGUGAUUACUGUCCCAGCAUGUACUACUACUAUAAGCUGGGAUUUUUUUUUGUUUUCCUUUUUUUUCAUUAAAAAAAUGUUUUAUUAAUUUAGGUUUCUGUUGAAACAACGACCAAUAUUAUUUUAAUGAAAUAAUACCG